GGAUUGCUUGCGGUUCGGCGACGCCAGCGACACUCUCAAGCUCCGGAUCAAUCAAAUUCUCAACAUGGCCGGGCACAGGGGACGCAAGGCCGGCGCUUCUCUGGGCACUGUAGGGUUCGUCUAUGCCUCUCUCCACAAUGGCUUGGUUUGCGCGCGGGGGAGGGACGAUCCGGCCAGCUUCAUCGCCGCGACCGCUGGAACAGGCGCCAUUUUCAGAUCCGCCGCUGGAAUCCGCCCCGCGAGCGUCGCUGGAGCCUCUGGUGGAUUGAUCGCGGCCGCGAUUCUUCUCGCCCGGGAGUUCCUGAUAAACCCUAAAUCUUGACAAUUUUAGGGUUUAUAGCAUAAACCCUAGUUUUUCGUCCAUGGAGGUCAAUGGCAAUGCGGGCGAGGAGGACGGCUAUGGCGCUGCGCGCUUGUUCAAUCAGGGAUUCUCCUACACCUACGACGACAUCAUCUGCCUGCCGCGCUACAUCGAUUUCCCGGCCGACGCCGUCGAUCUCUCGUCGCAGCUCACGCGAAAUAUCCGAGUCGCGGCGCCCUGCCUCUCCUCCCCGAUGGACACCGUCACGGAAUCCUCCAUGGCGGUGGCGAUGGCGCGCGCCGGCGGCAUCGGCUUCAUCCAUUACAACAGCUCGCCGGCGGAGCAAGCAUCCCUGGUGAGAGCCGCCAAGAGCGCGAGCUUAGAGGUAGGAUCCACGCCAUCUCUGGGAAAAGAUGGGCGUGUUUUGGUCGGCGCUGCCAUAGGUACGAGGGAAGCCGACAAGGAGAGGCUCAAGCUCCUCGUGGAAGCCGGGGUGGACGUGGUUAUCCUGGAUAGCUCGCAGGGGGACUCGAUCUAUCAGAGGGAGAUGCUUGGCUACGCGAAGAAAUGGUUCCCGGAGGUGGACGUGAUCGCUGGCAAUGUGGUGACGAUGCAGCAAGCCCGGAAUCUGAUCGAGGCCGGUGCCGACGCUCUCAGAGUUGGAAUGGGAUCGGGUUCUAUAUGCACAACUCAAGAAGUUUGUGCUGUUGGAAGAGGACAGGCAACAGCGGUGUAUAAGACCUCGUCCAUCGCUCGAAAGUUUGGAAUCCCUGUGAUAGCUGACGGAGGGAUUUCCAACUCCGGACAUAUUGUCAAGGCUCUCACUCUCGGCGCUUCGACCGUGAUGAUGGGAAGCUUUCUCGCUGGAACCGAAGAAGCUCCCGGCGACUACUUCGACAGGGAUGGACAGCGUCUCAAAGUUUACCGAGGAAUGGGAUCUCUGGAAGCCAUGGCUAAAGGGAGCGAUGCUCGCUACCUCGGUGAGAAAGCCAAGAUGAAGAUCGCGCAAGGUGUCUCGGGGACUGUCGCGGACAAGGGCUCCGUCUUGCGGUUGAUUCCAUACACUAUGCAAGCCGUGAAGCAAGGAUUCCAAGACCUGGGAGUUAAGUCCGUGAAAGAAGCACACAAGGCUUUAUACGAUGGACACAUAAGGCUAGAGGUUCGAUCAGGAGCUGCCCAAGUCGAGGGCGGUGUUCACGGCCUCGUUUCUUACGAGAAGAAACGCUUCUAGUGCUGUUGGCUGCUUAAUCGUUUCCUUGGAUGCUAAGCAUCGUUUGCAGUUCUUU